UGCUCAACGUUUGCCUAGGAUUGUGGGCAGCCCUCUACCAGGGAGCUGGUCAGCUCUCAGGGCUGGUUAGCCACCAUGACUGACGAGAAGACCUUCCGAAUCGGCUUCAUUGUGCUGGGCCUUUUCCUCCUAUCCCUCGGCACGUUCCUUAUGAGCCACGAUCGACCCCAGGUCUAUGGCACCUUCUACGCUAUGGGCAGCAUCAUGGUGAUCGGGGGCGUCAUCUGGAGCAUGUGCCAAUGCUAUCCUAAGAUCAGCUUUGUGCCGGCAGACUCGGACUUUGAAGGCAUCUUGUCCCCAAAGACCCUGAGCCUGCUGGAGAACAGGCUUUCGGAGGUGAAGAGCCCCCAAGCCCCCUACGUCAGGCUGUGGGAAGAAGCCGCCUACGACCAGAGCCUUCCAGACUUCACUCACAUCCAAAUGAAGGUCCUGGGCUACAGUGAGGAUCCCAGGCCCCUGCUGGCCCCUGAGCUGAAGACAGGUGUCAGCAGUGGUGGGGACGGCGAGCCUCCUCGGACUGCUCAGGCCUGGAUGGAAGCUACGGUGGUCGUCCACAGGGGCGUGGAUGAGACUGAGGGAGAAGGACCCCAUACUCAGAGCAGCCCUCCAGGGUGCCCCCCAGGCUCUGCACCCCUGGCCUCCUUCCAAGAUGACCUGGACAUGGGUUCCAGUGAAGGCAGUAGCCCCCACCCAUCCCCACCCAACAGAGAUGAGCCACACCCACAGGUACCGUGGGCCAACAGGGGUCCACCGGAUCGCUUCAGUGACUUUGCCCUCAUUGAUGACACCCCCACAUCAGAGGACGUGGUCCCAGAAGGGCAGGUGCGGGAAGCAGCUCUGCCCAGCAAGCAGCAGCGGUCCCUGAGGAUGAAGGAGAAGGAGACUGUCCAGACAAGUGCGGAGGAACCUGAGCAGGAGGAGGAAGACCUGUACUAUGGGCUACCAGACAGCCCUGGGGACCCCCUCCCCGACAAAGAGUUGGGCUUCGAGCCCGAUGUCCAGGGCUGAGAUGAAACUGCCUCCUGGGUCUAGCCUGACAGUACUGCUCUCUUCAUGUGACCCCAUAAGGCCUCAGUUUUCCUCCUUCCAAAUGGGGUUGUAUGGUAGGUCAGGUGAGGCAGUGAGCUGAAGCAUCUUGGGAACCGAAAAGAACACACAGGGGAGGCAGCAGUCACCCCCCACCUCCAGUGAGUACAUGCUUCGGAUUGUAGCUUGUUCUGUUGACCUGCAGGUCAAGCGGGCUUUUCUGAGGUCUUCCUGUGUUACAGCCAGACUCACGGAAGCCCUUCCCAUCUCCUAAUGCGACCUCUAAUUGGGCCCCCUGUGGUGUUACCCAGGGCCCCUGCUCCUCUAUAGAGGACUCUCAGGGCC